AAUUAUUUUGCCACUAUGAUUACUCAAUAAUCUGAAGAUAGUGAUGAGUUGUUGAGCAGUUGGCUUGUUUAUUGAAUAAGCAGCAGCAGCUCACCAGCACAGGACCCCAACGAGUAAAAGAAAAAGCAACACAACAAUAAAAUAAAGGAGAGAAGGAAAGAAAACGAACUCCUAACGGCUACUUUUACCUAUUUGCCUCUCUUUUUCUGAGUUAUAAAGAAUGAAAGUUUUUGUAAAAAUGGCGUAUGAAUUGGUCUCAACAGACAAAGUGAAAAACAAAAGAAAAAAGAUGAUGUUGGUGAUGAUGAUGAUGAUUCUUGAAUCUUGGACCCACAAAUACAACCACACAAUAUUUUUCUCUUUCUUGUUUCUCUGUUGUUCCUCUGCUUUCGCAUCUCUCGACAACAACUCUAAUUUCUUGGUCUCCUUUUCAAAUCCUUCUUUUUUUUUUUCAUCUCCGCAUAACACGCAAAGAAAAGAGAAGGAAUCCCAUCUCUCUGUUCUUCUCCACCUCAAACUAUUACCUCUUUUCUCAGAUCAAUUUUAUGAAAACAAUUUUUUUUUUGCAGAUACAAUGAGCUAAUUUGGGGAGAGACCCUUUUUCCCGCACCCAUUAUUUUCACCUCCCUUGACCCGUUGAAUCAUACGGGUCGAUCUGGGUCUCUCCCAACUGGAUCGAAUUCAUUUAUGGGUUUUGGGGGGUCAUGGGUUGCGUCAGCUCCAAGCAGGCCACGUCCCAUUCCCCGCCCCACGAUUCGUCGGUGAAUGUUGCCGGUGUCGACAAUGUCGAUCCAUUAUUGCAUAUUGGAUUUGCCCCUUUGGAGAAGAUCAAAGAGGAGCCUGAGAAAGAGGGAGAGGAUUCCGUUAGACGAUUUUCGGGGAAAUUGAGAGCAUCCAAGAAGGGAAAUUCUGAUAAGAAGGCGGCUAGUUUUAGCAUCAAAUUUGGAAGGUUAACUGAAGGUGAACAUUUGGCCGCCGGAUGGCCUGUUUGGCUGACUGCCGUUGCCGGUGAAGCUAUUGAUGGAUGGAUGCCUCUGAAAUCAAACAUGUUCCAGAAAUUAGAAAAGAUUGGACAAGGUACAUAUAGCAGUGUUUACCGAGCACGUGAUAUUGGAAAUGGUAAAAUGGUCGCCCUGAAGAAGGUGCGAUUUGACAAUUUCCAACCAGAUAGUGUCAGAUUUAUGGCACGAGAAAUUGCAAUUCUCCGCAAACUUGACCAUCCAAACAUUAUGAAGCUGGAAGGGAUAAUCACUUCUCGGUUAUCAUGUAGCAUUUACCUUGUUUUCGAGUAUAUGGAACAUGACCUAUCUGGAUUGUUAUCAUGUCCUGACAUCAAAUUUAGUGAUUCGCAGAUCAAAUGCUACAUGCAGCAGCUUCUGAGCGGACUAGAGCACUGCCAUUCACGAGGGAUAAUGCAUCGGGAUAUUAAAGUUUCCAACAUUUUGGUUAACAAUGAAGGAACUCUGAAAAUAGCAGAUUUUGGUCUUGCAAAUUUCCUUAGUGCAAGGCACAAGCAACCACUGACCAGUCGUGUGGUUACAUUAUGGUAUCGACCUCCUGAACUACUAUUGGGAUCAACAAGUUAUGGAGUCACUGUGGAUUUGUGGAGUGUUGGUUGCGUUUUUGCUGAACUCUUUUUCGGAAGGCCACUCCUGAAAGGGAGGACUGAGGUUGAACAACUGCACAAAAUUUUCAAACUCUGUGGUUCCCCACCCGAAGAUUACUGGAAAAGGUCUAAACUUCCACUUGCAACCAUGUUCAAACCAAAGCAACCAUAUGACAGUACACUUCGAGAUAGAUGUAAAGAAUUACCAAAAAGUGCUGUAAACCUUAUUGAAACACUUAUUUCAAUAGAUCCUCAUAAACGUGGAACUGCUUCAUCUGCUCUCAAUUCUGAGUAUUUCAAUACCAAGCCUUAUGCUUGUGACUCGUCAAGCCUGCCAAAGUACCCACCGAACAAGGAAAUUGAUGCAAAGUUCAGGGAAGAAGCGAGAAGAAAGAGAGCCAGUUCCACAGUGCAAACAUCGGAAACUUCUAAAAAUUCAAGAAAAUCCAGGAAAGGUCUUCAAGAACCAAACAAUUUCUGCAAAGUUGUUCCAACAGAGGAAGUUGAGGCAAAUGUUCAUGGUUCUCAUAGAAAUUACGGUAGUAAUGCACAGAUAUCUAAAGGAAGACGAGCUACUGUCUCACGGAUAUCAAUGAAGCCAUUGUAUGACACAGUAUCAGACGCUGCUUCUCAGAUGACUGAUGAGUCUCAAGGAGACAGCACUGUUCUUUCUGUUCCUGUGCAAAUGCCAGAAUCGAGUGGUUUUGCAUGGGCCAAAAAAGGAAAGCAGGAUUCUGCAGUCACAAGAUUAUAUCCACCUCCCAAUUCAAGAAGUCAAAAAUUGAGUGCCUUCGAUCCUUCUGCUGUACUGCACUCUGGGGAUACCUUGGAAUCAAAGAUGCAAGAUAAUGAUGAGUUUUUAAGAAGGACCCAGCAUAGGAAACAUGGUCAUCAUGAACGCCCAGAUUCGUUUGAUUUGUCGGAUCAAGAACAAUCAGCGGAAUUUGAUGGCCAACAAGGAAGGGUUGGGUUCUCCGGGCCCUUGUUAUCUCAGUCCCAGACGUUUGACUCGAAGAAGGAUAGUCAAACUCGAAAAGCUGGUCGUAGGUCCCGAUUCUAUGGAGAUAUAUAAUUGGAAUGGCUAAGAGGACUUUGUGUCUCUCUUGUUGGUACCUCAAAGUUCAUCGAAGGUUUUGGUAUCGAUCCUUGCAGUGAAUGUUCUUACAUAUCUUCAGGAAGCUGGUGAAGAAAUCAUGCAUAAGAUGCAAGUUCACAUCAUAGAAAUCAAAAGGGAUAAGCCAGAAUAUUGAUGCUCAAAGUGGUUUGCAAAUUUCAUUAACAGAUUGGAGAACAUUGAAAUGCUCACCUUUUGCUAUCCAAACUUGAUUUUACAAUCUCUUUUUUCUUUUUAUUUGCUUUUCAUAGUUUGUAUUUUACAUGUUUAGCUCAUUUCUUAUACAGCUUUCACAUUAUUUUUGUAUAUAUAUAUCAUGGGCAAAGAGGGUAUGAUUUAUUACAGAGUUUUCUUUA